UUAAACUUGUAGCGGGGCGAAGUCGUAGGGAAGACUAUCAACUGUUAAGAUGUAUUUUGUCCGCAAUAUAUUCCAAGUGAUUUCGCUUUACACUCUGACAAUUUUCGCUGCAUUUUCGAUGGAAAAGAGUUUAUUGUUUGUAAAAAAUACACAGUAUGAUGGAUAUAUGUGUGAGUAUGGAGAUAUUGCAGCAUCGUUUGAUAAUAUAAAAAACGGAAGAAUGUGCCUCUCAGCGUGUGCAGCUCAUAGAUGUGCCCGUGUCUUCUAUUUUCCUGAUUCUGAUUGGUGCCUCGGUUGUUUCUCCUUACAUAUCAGAAAUUCCCUUCUUGUAAAGGCCGGAUCUAUUCAUUAUGAAGCAAGAUUACAAUGCCCAAGUACACAUGGUCAGUUCAACACUUCUUGUUACACAUACACGGACACUCGGAUGACAAUGGAUGAUGCAAAGACGCACUGCGGGACUUUAAAUGGAAAUAUUGUUACCAUUGAAAGCUCUGAUGAGAACGGUUACGUGAUAAGUUGGCUGCAGCAACAGUUACUGACAUCGACUAACCUAACAAUAUGGGCUGAGGUACAUGGUAACGAACAGAAUUUCACGAUCUGGGAAUCAGUUCAACUCGACAAUGGACUUUGUAUGGAAAAUGACGGCUGUGAGGCCAAUGAAAUAUUGCUUCCAGUUUGGUAUGAUGUACCAUGCUCGGAAUCACAUCGUGUUGUGUGUGAAAUUUCUUUGAUAUAAUGCUUCAAAUGUCGGAGAUAUUGUGAAAGUGACCUGUUGCGGUUUUCCGACCAUAGAUUACUUUAAAAUAUUAUACAGGAAUGACAAGGACAUCUGUUGUAUUUAUGCUUUUAUGACGAUGUAUGAACUAAGAGCAUGUUGCAAUAUUAAUGGUACCCUUAAUUUACACUAUGUUUCAAUCUUAUAUGUCAUAUGUUUAACAAAGAUUGCAUGUGUAGUGACAUGACAGUUUGUCAUAAUCUUGUUGUCUGUGGAAUGGAUGUUUGCAGAGAUGAAAUGAUACUUACAGGAUGUUGAACUUACUGUUACAGGAUGUUGAACUUACUGUUCGUGAAAUGUUUUGACUGUUUCAAAAAUGUGAACAAAAUGUUUGACUGUUUACGAACACGGUGUUAGAAGGAAUUAACUUUGCUUCAAGUAACGUUCACAUUAAUUAUUCAUGUUUAGAAAGUUAUUAAUACCUUUUUGUAGGAUACGUUUAUGAUUAAACAAUAAAUAUGUUUUUCCCGGAGAUUGUAUUCCAGGAAUGGAAUGAAUGACAAACCCAACUGUCAUCUCAUUCUGCUAUUUGGUUGAUAGGUUAGCAUUAGCG